GUGAAGUCCUUAAAAUAAAGCGCUUCAAGCUGGUGUUUAGCCUCUGCUUGAAGAUUGUUCGAGGCGGUAAAUUAUAAAAGCUUGUGGGAACUGAUCAUUGCACCUUCAAUUCCACUCAAAAAGCUUUCGGUUCUGAUGAUUUCAGGAAGAUUCCCAAUGGCGUAAAUGGUAUUGAAGAAAGGAUGCAUAUAAUUUGGGAUAGCAUGGUGGAGACCGGCAAGAUCACAGUCACCGAUUAUGUGAGAGUGACAAGCACAGAAUGUGCCAAGAUCUUCAACAUAUGCCCUCGCAAAGGAGCAAUCCUCGAGGGAUCUGAUGCAGACAUCAUCAUCCUGAACCCCAAGAGGAGCUUCGCGAUGGGCACGCGCACACACCAUUCGAGGUCCGACACGAACGUGUACGAGGGCAGAAAAGGAAAGGGAAUGGUAGAGGUGACCAUCUCAAGAGGGCGAGUGGUGUGGGAGGAUGGCUUGAACAAAGGAAACUGUCUUGUGGGAACUGAUCAUUGCACCUUCAAUUCCACUCAGAAAGCUUUCGGUUCUGAUGAUUUCAGGAAGAUCCCCAAUGGCGUAAAUGGUAUUGAAGAAAGGAUGCAUAUAAUUUGGGAUAGCAUGGUGGAGACCGGCAAGAUCACAGUCACCGAUUAUGUGAGAGUGACAAGCACAGAAUGUGCCAAGAUCUUCAACAUAUACCCUCGCAAAGGAGCAAUCCUCGAGGGAUCUGAUGCAGACAUCAUCAUCCUGAACCCCAAGAGGAGCUUCGCGAUGGGCACGCGCACACACCAUUCGAGGUCCGACACGAACGUGUACGAGGGCAGAAAAGGAAAGGGAAUGGUAGAGGUGACCAUCUCAAGAGGGCGAGUGGUGUGGGAGGAUGGCUUGAACAAAGGAAACUGUCUUGUGGGAACUGAUCAUUGCACCUUCAAUUCCACUCAGAAAGCUUUUGGUUCUGAUGAUUUCAGGAAGAUUUCCAAUGGCGUAAAUGGUAUUGAAGAAAGGAUGCAUAUAAUUUGGGAUAGCAUGGUGGAGACCGGCAAGAUCACAGUCACCGAUUAUGUGAGAGUGACAAGCACAGAAUGUGCCAAGAUCUUCAACAUAUACCCUCGCAAAGGAGCAAUCCUCGAGGGAUCUGAUGCAGACAUCAUCAUCCUGAACCCCAAGAGGAGCUUCGCGAUGGGCACGCGCACACACCAUUCGAGGUCCGACACGAACGUGUACGAGGGCAGAAAAGGAAAGGGAAUGGUAGAGGUGACCAUCUCAAGAGGGCGAGUGGUGUGGGAGGAUGGCUUGAACAAAGGAAACUGUCUUGUGGGAACUGAUCAUUGCACCUUCAAUUCCACUCAGAAAGCUUUUGGUUCUGAUGAUUUCAGGAAGAUUCCCAAUGGCGUAAAUGGUAUUGAAGAAAGGAUGCAUAUAAUUUGGGAUAGCAUGGUGGAGACCGGCAAGAUCACAGUCACCGAUUAUGUGAGAGUGACAAGCAUAGAAUGGUAG